GAACGUACACUUCCGGUUAGAGUUGUAUCGCGUUAUGUGUAAACAGUUGGUUAAAUAUUUUGUUUAAUAUGGGAAGAUCAGUCCUAGCUGAUGAGUGUAUUCAGCAAUAUAUUGAACAAUUAAUCAAAACUGGCCAGUGGUACACAGGUCUUGUUAUAGGCCAGCAAACUGCAGCCGGCAAGGAUUACAUUGUUCGACUGGUGCGGACACCGGACCCAGUUGAAGAUGAGGCAAGCGAGGAGGAGGAUGGUGAAGAGGUUGAACCAAGGAGACAGCGCAGUGAGUCGGGUCGUCCUGGCAGUCUGGAGCUGGCCGACGAGAAGUGGGCCGCGACACACACAAAACAGGUGAUCCGUAUGUUGCCUGGAGGACUCGAUAUUAUUGGAAUUUUUGCUCUAGCUCCACCAGACAUGAUGUCAAACGCACAGACCAGACUAAGACAAAUUUUGUUUGCAGUUCACAAGAACCUGAGUAAGAAUCUGCUAGCGACACGAGAUGACGAGGUGACAGAUCGACUGGUGCUGCAGAUCUGUUCUGUGACCAGGAAAGUAACAUGCAGAACGUUUGAUGUGGCUGACAACAAGAGCUCGGCUCGUCCUGCAGAGUGGCGCUAUCAGUCACACCUGGACCGAUGGACACGACUUAGCACACGCCUCGCUAUCAACAUCUCCAUUCCAAUCACAGAGAAAAUCAAGACACAUGUUAUGCUGAAACAAAUACAGUUAGGUAUUUCUUCUUUCUGCACUUCCCUGUCAAAGGCCCGGAUGCUAAUUGACAACGUUGUUCGAGACCCCAGUGAAACACUGGAACAGUCCGAAACAAGGAAAGGAAAAGGCAAAGAUCGCAGUUCAUCAGCUCCGCAGAAUUUAAAUGUUGUUGUUUUAGUGCCUUUGAGUACUGAUGAUAGCGGUGAGCCAUCGGUGUCUAAGCUCAAGUCUCUGAUUGCCAUAAAAGGACAAGUAGUGGGACGUGCGUUCGUCAACUUCCGUGCCACAGUUGCAGAUGCUACUGAGGCUUUGAAGACGGACAUCGUGCGAAGUUUGACGUCGAGGUGUGAACUUCUCUGUGAAGAUAUUGAUGUGAUAGAAGCAGACUCAAGUAAGGAACUGUACAACACCCCGGUGCGGGUGUUUGCUCACCUUCCCGCUUCAACUCUCCACUUCUCAGACUACAUGUUCCAAGACGAAAAGACGAGUGAGGUUGUCGACAGAUUUAAAGAACUACUAGACAUUGACGUAGAAGAGAAGGAUAUCGAGUUCCACUGCGAACGACCCGGUGCUGAAUCUGACUGGCUUGAACAGACAUCUAGUGAAGACACCCUACUGACUGUUGGAGGAAUAACAGAAAAAAACACAUUUAAAUAUUAUGUUGGUGCUGUGGUUGCAGGAUUAGUUGCCAUGGUAACAGCCCUGUUGUAUGUGUACGUCUCUGCCAGCUGAUGAAAAGACUACAAGUAGAAACUCUUGACAUAAUGUUUCAAAAUUGUUUUGCUUCAAUACUGCAUUUACAAAUUAACAUAAUUUAUUCUGA